UCGGGGAGAGGUGGCGGGAGGUGGGAUGUGAGGUGACAGAAUCCCAAAUUGCUCUUAGUCGGGAGGGAUCUUAAAGGUGACAUCGUUCCACCUCCUGCCAUGGCCUUACCACAGAGACCUGAUGGAAAAGGAAAGAUAAAUGUCCCACCUGUGCCAUGAGAGCGCGGACCAUCCUCUCCCUCACCCAUGUUUAUCCACCCCGGCCCGUUUUAGGUACAUCUUGUCCAUCACGAACGAGGAGGAGAUCCGGGAGUACGUUGUGGACCUUGUUCAGGGCACGGACGGGAAGAAGAGCUGGUUUGUGGAAGAGCUGCUGAGCCGGUGGAGGAAAUCUGCCCAGCUGCCCUCCGAGCCCUUCCCGCCCAGGAGAGCAGCAGUGGGGUCAGCAGCAGUAGCAUUUCCUGCAAGAAGAAGCCCAAGUAUGUCAGCCUGUACACCAGAGAGGGGCAGGACAGGCUGGCCGUGCUCAUCCCAGGCCGCCACGCCUGCGAGUGCCUGGGCCAGAAGCACAAACUCAUCAACAACUGCCUGGAGUGCGGGCGCAUUGUGUGUGAGCAGGAGGGCUCUGGGCCCUGCCUCUUCUGUGGGGCCCUGGUGUGCACUAAAGAAGAGCAGGACAUUCUUCAGCGGGACUCCAACAAGAGCCAGAAGCUGCUGAAGAAGCUCAUGGCAGGUGCUGAAAGUUCAGGGAAUUUGGAUGCCAUAAGCAAAGGCCUGCUGCCUCAGCAGGAAGCAAGACUCAAAUCAGGCCUGGAGAUGGCUGUGAAGCACAAGGACAAACUGCUGGAGUUUGAUAGGACAAGCGUGCGGCGGACGCAGGUCAUUGAUGACGAGUCGGAUUACUUUGCCACGGACUCCAACCAGUGGCUGUCCAAGCAGGAGAGGGAAGCGCUCCAGAAGAGGGAGCAGGAGCUGCGGGAGCUGCGCCACGCCUCCCGGCUGGCCAGGAAAAUCACCAUCGACUUCGCUGGCAGGCAGAUCUUGGAGGAGGACAGCAACAUGGCUGAGUACCACAGCAAGCUGGAUGAGACCAUUGCAGCCAUGAGCUGUGGUGCCCUGAGCGAGCCAGCCAGGAGCCCUGGGGCAGAGAUGACACCAAACUCGGGGGUUUUGGUGAAUCCCCGUCUCCUCCAGCCUGCUCCUUUGUGGGUGGACCAGACUGGUUUGCUCCCACCAAGGAAAGCUGUUCAUUCCAUGGAGGCUGGAGGCGAGGGUGGCUCGGAGCGGAGCCGCCUGCGGAUCCAGGACCGGGAGCUGCAGGAGAUCUCGGAUGAUGGAUGGUGCCUCAGCCUGCACCAGCCUUGGGCUUCCCUGCUUGUGAGAGGCAUCAAAAGGGUGGAGGGCAGGACCUGGUACACAUCUCAUCGAGGCAGGUUAUGGAUUGCAGCUACUGCUAAAAGACCUUCCCCUCAGGAAAUCUCAGAGCUGGAGGCCACCUACAGAAUGCUGCACAGGAAAGAUGUGGAAUUUCCAAGUGAUUAUCCCUCAGGAUGCCUCCUGGGCUGUGUGGACGUGACUGAUUGUUUAUCACAGGAACAAUUUCAGGAGCAGUAUCCAGACCUGAGCCAGGAGUCCGGCUCUCCAUUUGUCUUUAUCUGCACGAAUCCCCAGGAGAUGGUUCUCAAGUUUCCCAUCAAAGGAAAACACAAAAUCUGGAAGCUGGAUGCAAAGAUCCAUCAGGGAGCAAAGAAGGGGUUAAUGAAGCAGAAAGCCGUGGGGUGAGCGCCGGGGGAGCAGCACUGGUUCCCAUGAAGCACCCAACUGCCUCUGAAGGGAGCCAGGAUGGUCUUCAGCUCUGGAGAGCAGGUGCAAGAUGGAUCCCUGGUCCCAGAUUGUGUUUAGGUAUUGCUUUCUCUCUUGUAUUCCAAAAGUAUUAAAAGAGACUUGUUUUCACCAA